AUGGUGAGGGAGAUUCCAGAAAGUGAGGGGAAGACCCGAGAUGAGUAUGAGAAGUCCCUCCAUGAUACAUUGAAUGAAGAGGAAAUAUUCGCUCCUGCUAGACCGUUCGGCAGCGCGUCAGAUUCCAAGAACAAACAAAUUGUGAACAAGGAUACGAAUGCCAAGAUGAACUGGACAAUGUAUUCACGAGAAGAAUUGUUAGCUAUCGGGAAGCAAGAAUCUGUCUGCCGCCGCCCUCCUGACAUUCCCGAGUUGUUUCGCAGGGAUGCUCCAGGAAAUGUUGCAGAGAAAGCAAAGAUGGAGAGGAAUGUCAGGAAAAGAGAUGAGCGGGAGAGAGAACGGGAGAGGAGAGAUCGCGGAGGUCGUGGUAUCCGCAUGCCCAUCAAUCAUGGUGCUGGGCUACUGUCACACCCCGAGCCGAGGGGCAGAGGUGGACUCUCGCAUGAGGAGCGGCACAAGAUGAUGAUGGAAGAGGUUGAGCGGGAGCGAUGCGCCUUGGCCGCUCAAAGAAACCGGGAGAAGGCUGCGAUGGCGACCAACCCGGGGCUAGUGGACGACGCGAUCAUCUCCAUGAGCGGCACUGAAGCGCCCAUGGUGGACCCUCUGAUGAUGCGAGAGGUCCCAGUGAACCAGCAGUUUGCUGAUGACGACGAUGUUUUCGACCUAAAGAACCUCGUCGGGCCUGCGCUCUCGGAUAUUUCCGAUGACGCUGCUCCUUUGGUCGGAACCAACAUCCCCGUUCCCCCCGAAGCAUCUCCGAGUAAGUUUGGGGCUUCAAGGGCAGGCAGAUGGUUUGCUAGUCCAGCAGAGCGGCAGGGGAAUCAGCCCAUGGCACAGGAGAAGGACGGCAAAAUGAACAGCAUACUGGGAGGCGCCUUGCCCUUGACCUUCAACUCGGACCCACUGCUGAGCCCCCAACCUGCUCCUUCCUCACAUACGGCACCCUUCAUGCCGCUCAACUCGGCUUUCAUGGAUCCUGUCACUUCCUCCUUUCAAAGCUUGCCCAAUAUGCCACCGCAGCCUCCGCUCCUUUCAAGCUUUCAGGCUACAGACCUCUCCAUGCUCGAGAGGCAGCAGUUCGAGAGCGCCAACAAGUCCGGAGGCUAUGAACCUCCUCUGCAACCCCCUCCUCCUCAAACCCCGUCCCCUGCGAGGGCAGAGAAACCGUCUGCCCCUCCGAACUUAGCCUCGCCAGGAAUUCCCUUUGCUCGCCCAGGGAACAGCAUUCUUUCAAAACUUCUUGGCGCUAACAACCCUGCUGGCCUCUCUGCCUCUCCGCUUCCCCCUCUUCCUAACGUGCCAUCGACCACACUCUCGGUCGAAGACAUCGAGAAACAGCUUAUGAAUGCCAGCAGCAAGCAGGACGGGGGAGGAGGCGGAAGGGGAGGGGGAGCAGGGGGAGUUCUCCCAAAUGUUCCAAUCUCUCCUGCAACAACUGCUGGCGCUUUCGAUGCGAAAUCUUUCUUCCAGCUCUAUGAGAACCCUGUCAAUCGCCUGGCCCUGGACGAGGGAGGCAACCUCAAAAUCUCCAUCCCCAUCCCCAUCCCCAUCCCCAUCCCCAUCCUCAUCCUCAUCCCAAUCUCCAUCCCCAUCCCCAUCCAAUCAGUCCCUCGCAUCCACCAGGACGAGAGCAGCAGAGUGAAAUGCCGAAUCACUUUGAUGCUUCGAGCUUCUUCAUGCAGUUCGAGCAUUUCGCUCCCAUAUCUCUCAUUCCCUCUACAUCCGAUCCCCGUCUCUUGCGCUGACUCCUUACAGAUGGCGACAGGGAAACCGAAGGCGUGA